AAUUAAUCAAUUGUUUGCCAAAUGUGCGAUACAUUUGAGAAUAUAUGGUAUAAAAGGAGUGGAAAUUAAAGCAAAGAAUUCAUUUCACUUUUGAACUCAAGUUUUCAUUCAAAAGAAGAAAAACUUAUCAAAACUGACAAAAUGAUGAAAAUCGCAGUCUUGUUGUUAGUGGCGGCGUAUGUAUCGGCCGCACCUUCUCCAUCCUUCACCUUUGGAAGCAGUGUCAGCGCAAACGGGAGUCCCGCAGGUGUGGGCGCCUCAGUCAACACCAACGCUGACUUAGGGAUCGGAAGUAUGUUCCAGGGUUUGGCUGGUUUAGGUCAGGGCUUUACCAACGCUAUGACCAAUGGUUUACAAACUGUCGCCGAUGUCGGACAUAACAUUGGGGGACAGGUUCAGGGCGUAGUCGGACAGAUCCAGACGGGUAUUACCGGCGCUAUUACUGCGGGUCAGAAACAGUUUCAGAACAUCCUUGGUAACCUGAGCGGAGAGUUCAACACUUUGAAGGAUCAGUUGGAAAGCAUGGUGGCACAGGGACAACAACUACCUCAACAGUUCAUCACUGAAUUCCAAACAAUGACGACCCAAUUGAAGGACCAGUUCGAGAACGUCAUGAAAAGGUUGACCCAAAACUUCAGUGGUCUCAGUGGAAAGUUGGAGGACACUCUGAAGGGAGGCGCUGCUGAGAUCCAGACUAACUUGCAACCGGCUAUUAGCAAUCUAUUGGCCGGCGCUAAAAAGAUUAACACUUUGGUCGCCAAUAAGCUGGCGUCAGGUAAGCAAAAGUUGGCUGACAUCCAGAAGCAGUUGCAAUCCCUGGCCUCACAGGGCAGCGCUCAGGCACAGGAACUCAUGCAACACCUGCAGAAAGAGGGCGCAUGCAUCGCCACGAGUGUCACCGACAACCUGAACAAAGCUAAGCAACUGUUGGAACAGAACGUCGCGACUAUCGAAAAGCAGAUCGAGAAUGCCGGCGAUACACUCACUCCACAAUUGGAAGACGCAAAGCAGCAGCUCAACCAACAGAUCCAACAAAUCAACGCACAGAUCGAGAAUGUGGCCGCAAGUGUGCAAGGUCAACUUGAGACCUCUUUGGCUGGUCUGAAGCAGCAACUGAAGGGCAAGAUUGCCGACGUCACCACAUUGAUCGAUGAGGCCAAGACUGCCGGUGACGAUAAGCUCCAGGAGUUGACGACUCAAUUGAACGGAAAGUUAGCCGAAGCACAAAAGGCCGGUCAAGAUUUGGCCGCAAAGUUGAAGACAGAUGUGACUAAGAAAUUGUCGGAUUUGAAGACCGCUGGCCAACAGGGGGCACAACAAUUUGAGAACGCAAUCGAGGCACAGGCCGCUCAACUCAACAGCCAAGUUACAGGUCUCGUCAAACAGAUUGAGGACGUGAAGACAGAGUUGCCGGCUGUUGCGACACAACUGCAGUCACAACUGAAACAAACUCUUUCAUCGGCCAAAACAACUCUCACCAAUCAGUUGACUGACAUUACUAACCAACUGAAGACGGCCAGCGGACAGGUGAAGACAGCCCUCCAACAGGCUAAGGCUAAACUGGAGGCUGAGUUGCAGAACAUUCUGGACCAGGCUCAAAAUGCCAGUGUUAACAUUGAUGUCAAUGCCGGAACCGAUUCAGGCGCUCAUGUGGGCGUACAGGUGGGAACUGGCAGUGGAAGCGGUAGUGCCACCAUUGGCGUCAAGACCCUCUAAAACAUUUUAAAUAUGCUUUUUAUGUUUUCUUUCU